AUGUCUCGCUCAAGGAACUUGGGACGAAUUUCGAAAGCCACCAAGGAUCUGCUAGAGAGAAGAAGAGCAUUGAGGCUGGAUCCGACUGCAUCACAUCUCAAGCGACUGGUAGCCAAUACCACUUGCAGAACAGCUUUGCAAGAGUCUUCGAAAGAAACUUUUGGAAGCAGCACAAGGAAGGAGAAGCCUAAAGAAGUACCGCAGGACCUUCUUGAUUAUCGUGUUCCGCUGACAACACUACUAAGCGAAGACGGGACUCGCACAAGAGAUGGCGAUCACGAAGAGUUUCUACAUCAAUCGCUUUUGCUCGUCAACACCCGUGUCAAGACCGGGCCAUGUUUCGGUCGACCUCUCACGAGCUGGAGGACAUCGCCACGAAUUGCGUGCGGAACCUAA